GCGCUGCUCAGUCUUUUGACGGCGCUCUGCCUGUUCGUACGACUCGCACGGACGACUCUGGAAGUCACAGCUGAACUGUGUGUGAAUACAUUUGGAACUCGCAUGUGAACCGUUUACCAUCUUGGCGAGUGGCGAGCUCGAAAUUAAAAGCACAGCUAAUUGCAUAAGUAGCAUAAUUAAAGAUUUUCGAAGAAUUCUUGAAGUUGAAGAAAGCGCCUGUGACUGUGUGUUUUGUGAUGAAGUGUUUGAAAUAAUGAAGUGUGCAGCAUAUUUGUGGCGCGUUGCGUGUGUUUAAUAUGUGACAAUUUGAAUUUAAAAAAAAUACCGUUAGAUCUUUGCUGGCGUUGCAAGUGCAGUUUAAAAACGUGUUUGUGUGUGUGACUGUUUGUUUUGCAUAACGACACCGUUAAAUUGGUAACGAGUACACUUCAAAAGAAGCGUGCAUUACAUUUUAAUAACUCAACAACAACAACAAUAACUAUAGCAACAUUCAAACGUUGCACGCCAACAAAGCGCCACUUAACGCCAACUUUUGCUACCAAUUUGAGCUAACAACAAUUUAGACAACAACAAAAACAAAGAAAACAAAAAAGCAACAACAAAGACUAACGCUACACUUUGCUUUGCGAUCAGCAGCAAUCGCCGUGAUUAAUUGCAUGUGGCAGUUGAAAGUGAUUGAUAAAUUGCAGCAAUGCGAUAGCCGCAUUGUUGUUGCCGCUACCAUACUUGCCACACACUAAUAACAACGCUAUCGCUGCGCGAGAUGUUGCCGCGGAGGCGCACAGGUAGCCAACUAACAGCAAUGCGUUGCGUUUCGCCAAAAAUAGCAGCCAACGAAUUGUUUUAAGACGAAGAAAUUAAUAAAUUUAAUUUGUGUGCUUGUGGCGGAAAAAUUAAAAAAACAAAAACAAACAACAACAAUAACAAUAACAAAAAUUAUUAAAAACACACAAACUUGUGCAUAACAGUAUUUGUAUUUAUUUUGUUGCACCAACGCAUUUUUUGGAGCCGUGAAAGUGACCGCAUUUUAAUGAGCCAAGCAGCGCCGUAACAACAACAACUUCACAGUGCAGUGUGUGCAAAGGAUAAAAGAAAUGCCAAAAAAAGAGUGCAGAGUGAAAUUUUUGUAAAAUUAAACAGUGUGUGUGCUAAUUAGCGCGCUACAUAAUUCAUUUUUCGAAAACUGCUUUCGAAAACAUUUUUCAAAAAUAAAAAAAUCAACAAAGUGUGCGAGGAAGUGAUAUUACGGCGAAUUUAAAAUAAACAAUUUUAGUGAAUAAUUGCAGAAACGGCAAGAAUAUAUUAAACAAAUAAGUAAUAAUAAUUGGAAUUUGUACUAUAAAGGUCCACAGUGUGUCAAUAAAGUCAAAACUAAAAAAAAAUUUCCUACUCCAAGAAAAGUUUUCAAAACUACGCUCUUGUCCUGAAAAAUAUGAAACAUUAUACCGAGAAUGUCCAAUCUAAUUAGAAAUAUCGAAUUGAGUUAGUCCAGGCAGGCCACUGAUUACAGAGCUACAUUUGGGGAGAGAAAGAUUAUUGGCCUAGCAGUUUGUUGUUGCGAAACAUUUGUCAAAAGUCAACACCCCUGUUUGGAAAAGCUGGACGAAAUUCAAGUCUUUCCAAAAUGCCUUACUGACAUGGCGGAGGGCUGCGAGGAAACGGAGAACCAGCCAAGCAAUCGUAAAGCCGAUAACGCGCCGACCAUGCUCGGUACUGUCCUGCCAUGCGAAGCCGCCAUAACAGCCGCCUCACUGGGAACUACCUCGAACGCCGGUGGCGGAAUUGUCAUUAAACGCGAACCCACAACCAACUCAGCCAGCGCCUUUGUGGACGCCAGCGUACAUCAUUUGAGCGGCAGCAUUUCGGCCACAGUCAGUCUGACCACCACCACCACUGGUGCCGGUACGCCUAGCCCCGGCGGCACACCACCGCCGUCCACAACGCCUGCAGUCACACAUUUGUUGGCUAUCUCGCCAAACGGUUGCCGACCGUCAACACCAGCGCUACAAAACCAGCAACAACGCACACCCACACCCAUUGCGGGCCAUCGUGUGACUGGUUCCAGUGCGACAGCAACGGGCGCAGCCUCUUCCUCCUCAUCGUCGUCGUCAUCGUCCUCAUCUUCCAAUUCAUCGAUGACUUCAUCCACUUCGUCCUCAUCGUCGACGGCUUCGUCUUCAACGACAGCGGCCGUCGCGCCCAAUUCGAAUGCCAACAAAUCGCCUUGCAGCAUAGCGGGUUCACCGUAUUCUACAUCGGCCGUCGCGUCUUCGGUGCGUGGCGGUAUUUCGCCGACAUCGCCACCGCUUUCUUCGGUGGCACCCGGUACACCCAUCGGUUUGGAGGCCAGCAACGGUAGUUGUGGCUCAACAGCUGCUAACGGUAUUGUUGUGGCAACUAGUGGGUUGACGGCAGCGUCAUCCGCUUCGGCGCCAGUAACGUCCGCAGAUACGCUAUCGAAUGCCAUGUCGCCGAUCACAACGGCACAACACCAACGUACACCUUCGCCAAGCGCAGAGCCAACGUCGUUGCUGCCACAUGUGGCAUUAAACAUCAAAACUGAAUCGGACUAUGAUAAGGACAUCAUCAGCCAUAAACUCAACUCACCGAUUAGCAGUAACAGUCUGCAUGAAUUGCACCAGCAGAACUCUUAUGAGAAGGAUCACGUCAAAGAAUUGGAAUUCUAUCAAAGCUUAGCCAAGGCGGCGUCUUUGGCCAAUCACAAUGACACGCACUCACGGCAUUCGCAUGAAUCACAUGAGUUGUCACCGCCCACUUCACCGCAACCGAUGCAGAUCGACACCGAUGUGGGUGAGGAUUGUGAUGCACGCGAUCAUCUCAAUCCCCUGUCCGACGCGGAGGAUCACGAGCAGCAAGCGAAGGCGUCCGCUUCAGCUUUGGCGGUGGCAGCAGCGGCAGCGCAGGCGCAUCUAAACGGAACUAUGCAAGACAUGAUAAAUUUACAAAAAUUACAAAAUUUAGCCACGCUCCAGCAGCAGCAACAACAACAGCAACAGCAGCACCAUCAUCUACAACAUUCCAACGGCGGCAAUGGCAUACACCAGCAUCAGCAUCACCACCACCACCACACACAGCUGCCGCACUUGCACACGCCACCUGGCGGCUCCGCCACACCGGUUAGCGUGGCACAGAGUGUCACACCGGCGACGGCAGCAGCACUAGCAAGUCUUCAGGGAUUAGCGGCCGGCAUCAGCGCCUCAGCAGCCGCGGCGGCAGCACUCAACUCACCGCUCAAUUUGACUGUUGGCGCCGGUGGUGCGGGUGGCAUUAGUGCCUGUCUGCCGCCAAUUGGUGCCACUGGCCCACACAGCGCACCUUGUUCCCCCAACGCGCUGUCCGCAUCGAACGUGCUGGCCGCAGCAGCAGCCGCCGCAGCGGCUUCUAAUAAUAAUAACAAUAAAGUCAUGUCACAUGCCGGCAGCUGCGGUGGUGGUCAGGACCAGACCGGCAGCACAUCGCCCAACUCGAGCUCGGUGCAGGCGCAGACAAUGGCUCAGAACACGUUGGCGAAUGUGUUGAACUCGGCAGCGGCAGCCGCGGCGGCUGCAGCAGCAGCUGGUGCAGCGGCCACCGCCUCACCGCCACCCGCGAUGCCGACAUCGGCGACCAGCGGCCAAAUGCCGCAACUGAUACUCGCAUCCGGGCAGUUGGUGCAGGGCGUGCAGGGCGCUCAGCUGCUCAUUCCAACGGCACAGGGUAUUGCCGUGCAGACCAUUCUCACCAUACCAGUGAGUCCGCAAAUAAACACCAAUGAGCAAUUCUUGCAGAAUUUCGGCGCUUUCGCAUCAUUCCAACAACAACAGCAGCAGCAACAACAAGCACUGUUACCACCUCCCUUGCCACCGGCGCUCGCCGCAUUGCAACACGCUUCGACGCUGCCUCAGCUUGCGCAAACACAGACGAAUUUACUAAAACCCAACCUGUUUUCGAGCAGCGUGCAACAGCUGUUAGCCGCUUUGCAUCCGGAAUUGUUUGCCGCGGCCGCUGCUAAUCAUCACCUACACGCCUCGACCCAGGCUACACAUCACGCCAUGCAUCACGCUCAACAACAACGCGGCGAACAACAAUCGGCGCCGCCACCACCACACCUGGGCCAUCUGCCACCUCCGCCGCACCAUCACCUCGCCGCACAUUCGCACUCGCUGUCGAGCGAUUUGCAUUUAGCUGCCGCCGCCGCAGCAGCCGCAGCGCGUAACAGUGAAAGUGGUCACUCUCCACCCAGUUCACCCCCGCCGCACAGCAUCAGUGGCGUAGCAGAGCGAACGGGCAACACAAGUUCGUCGUCCAGUACAAAAACCGCCGCGGCGGCAGCAGCAGCAGCAGCCGCUUUUCAUCUUCAACAGCAGUUGCAUAUAAAGCAAGAAGCAUCUCCGCGACAUCAUCACCAUCAUGCGAUGCACUCUCAUGCACACCACAGCGGCUCGCAUCACCACUCUCUACGACAUACUGUGGAUGAGCUCGCCUCACCCAACCGGGAAAUUGGAAAGUCAGCAAACUCAAGUUCUUCGGCUGCGUCAAUGCAUAUGCCACCGGAUGUGAGUGCAUCACCACCGCCAGGACUAAGUUCGCACCAUCAUCACUUUCAUCACCGCAGUAAUGUAUUAGGAAGUGGUCACCAGACGAGCUCGACACCAUCGCCGCGCCCAAAUUCGUCUACUUCGACGUGUACAAUGACGUUACGCGACCGUGACAGGGAUAGAGAGAGAGAGCGGGAAAGAGAGCGUGACCGUGAACGGGAUAGGGAGAGAGAACGAGAACGUGAACGUGAACGCGCCGAACGCACAGAAACGCAUCACAAACGCAGUCCUACACGUGGUAGCGGCUCUCUAAACAAUGGUCCCAGUGCCAUCGCUUGCAGUGGCAUGAACCUCAGCCAUCAUUCCAACAAACGUGAAAGGGAACGUGAACGCGAGCAUUUGAGACGUUCAUCUUCACCUACACUAGGCUCUGGCUCCAACUCAACACAAUUGCCGGUGAGUGGCCGCAAUUCCUCCUCGGUCGCUGGUUCGUUGUGCGCUUCCAAUACCAACUCAUCCUCAAUGAAUGCAUCAGCGUCAGCAGCAUCCGCCUCAGCAUCCGCAACUGGCAAUCAACAUCACCAACACGGGCAUCACUCACACCAACAUCACCAAAGCCAUCAUCAGGCACACCACAGCCUACACCAUCAUCCGCACACGCUGUCGUCAGGCGUCACAACAAGUUCGGCUUCCGCCUCAUCGGCCGGCGGCGUAUUGUCGUCUUCAACAUCGACGACAUCCAACGAAAGAGGCUAUUCAUCUCCUUUGCGCGGCACUGCUGGCCAAUUGUUCCGCACCCAUUCGCCGUCACCAUCGUCGACAGCGGCGGUGGCAGCCAUCACACAUCUGCAUCAUCAUCAACAUCAACAACAGCAGCAGCAACAACAACAACAGCACGGUCAACACGCACACAAUAUGGGCUCACCGCAUGAGCGUGAUUUCCUGGGAAAUGGCGGCGCUGGGAUGCGGACAUCUCCACUGGGCAUUGGUGUCGGUGGCGGCGGUGCAACGGUUGGCCUGGGCAGUGGACAAUCUUCGGCGGCCAGCAUGCUCAACAGCAUUAAUAGACUCUCCGCCUCCGCAAACGGUGAAUUGACCAUAACGAAAUCGCUGGGUCCGCCAUCAGCUACCGCGAUACGUGCAUCGUCUGCUUCGCCCACCUCACCGGGCCUGGGUUCGUCAUCGCUCGGUAUAAACACCUCAUCCGCCUCGCAUUUGGUGCACCACCCACACCACGGCAUGCACGCGAUGAAGCUCAGCCCAACAACCAGUUCGUCAAUGCAACGGGAACGCGAACGUGAACGCGAGCGGGAAAGAGAGCGGGAACGAGAAAGAGAGAGGGAACGCGAACGAGAUCGUGUCAGCGGCAGUGGUCACGGAGAGCCUACUUCGCAACUAUCUCCGAAUGGCACGGACGGUUCGAGCGGUGCACACGAUCUGCUAAUGGAUUCACCGAAUGAGCCCACCAUCAAUCAGGCCACCACCAAUGUCGUUGAGGGCAUCGAUUUGGAUGAGAUCAAAGAAUUUGCCAAAGCGUUCAAGUUGCGACGCCUUUCACUGGGCCUCACGCAGACACAAGUGGGGCAGGCGUUAUCGGUGACCGAGGGGCCGGCUUACAGUCAGAGCGCCAUAUGCAGUGCACUCGCCGCACAGAUGUACGCCGCCCAAUUGUCGUCGCAGCAGCAGAACAUGUUUGAAAAAUUGGACAUAACGCCAAAGAGCGCACAGAAAAUUAAGCCAGUCUUAGAGCGCUGGAUGAAGGAGGCCGAAGAGAGUCACUGGAAUCGCUACAAAUCUGGUCAGAACCAUUUAACCGAUUAUAUAGGCGUGGAGCCGUCGAAGAAGCGCAAGCGGCGCACUUCGUUCACACCGCAAGCGCUGGAGCUGCUGAAUGCGCACUUCGAGCGCAACACACAUCCAUCGGGCACGGAAAUCACCGGUUUGGCGCACCAAUUAGGCUAUGAGCGCGAGGUGAUACGCAUCUGGUUCUGCAACAAGCGACAGGCGCUGAAGAACACCGUGCGCAUGAUGUCUAAAGGGAUGGUGUAGGAUGACGCACACUUCGAUCACUUUCAGCGCACAUUUUGAAGGAACAAGGAAGGCGAGUGAGCGCAGAAGGCCAAUAUAAUUGAAGUGGAAGCAGAAGCGCUGUUGCCAAGUUUCGCUUGAAAGCUUCUUAUGUACUUCGCAAGGAAAAUAAUUUGACUUAGCGGAAACUGGUAUUCGCUUGAGCUCGACACUGCGCUCCAAACUGUAAAUUAUUUCAGCAUUUAUUCCAUUAUUUAUGCAUCAAAUAUAUAUGAUUUUGUAAAGUAAUUACAUAACUUAAGCACGGCAACACUCAAUACUCUAAUGGCUAGCUAUUGAUUUCUACUAAACUAAGACAACAACCACACAGGCUAAGAUUGUAAAGACAGCUCUUGCAUGAGUUCUAAAAGACAAAAUAGCCAUGAAGAUAUGUUUGCCCCCAGCAAAAUUAAAUUAGAUAAGCUUAAAGCAUAGUGUACCACACUUUCCUCCUACGCAGUCGCAACAGUCUGUCAUAAAAGUAUGUAUACGAAGAGUUCUAUUGUAUAUUUCAAGCUGUAUUGUGGCGGUAUAAGCGAUAUGAUAGUCACAUUAGCAGUGAAAAAACUCCACAUGCCUAGUAUAACUGUAAAUAGUUGAUGCAUAAAAUACAAUAACAAAAUGCGGACAGCUCAAAUGUGCUAAAAAUAUGAAAUUUCGUAAAUUUUGGAAACAAACAACUUUUCCAAACACAAUUACUGUAUAAAGACCGUUAGUUUAGCGAGUUUGAGCUGCGCUUCUUUAUAAAUAAUUGCAAAACAAAAAUUAUAAUAAAUCGGAGAAUACUAAAAUUAAAAAAAAUUAAAGCCAUGACAUUGUAAAUGGUGUGUCAUAUAUAUGUGUAUGUGUAUGUUCAAAACAGUCUUUACAAAUAAUAUUUAUGUUUAUUUGUAUGCAUUAUUACCAGUAAAAUGAAAAUAUAAGAAAAAUAUUAGCAACCAAUUAAAUUAGUCCAACUAAACAUUGUAUACGAAUAGCAAACUAAAAGCAAAUUAAAAUACUAAGAUUCGAGAUAAGCUGCUAGUUUAUUAAGUGUGUAUCAUAUAGCUGCAAUAAAACAGUUUCCCUUUGUUAAAUUUCCAAUUUUUUUUUUUAAUUAAGUUUUGAAGUACUCUUUUGAAAAAAAAAAAUUAAAAAGAAAUAAUUUAAAAAAAAAAUAAUUUAAUAAAAAAAGAAAAAAAAAUAUUUGCAAACUAUCUAGCGUUAAUAAAUGAGUUAACUGAUGAGUUAGAAAACAUUAUAAAAAAUAUUUUUAAAAUUUAAACAAAUAAAUAAUUUAAAACAAUUUAAAAAAUAAUUUGUUUUUUAUAUAAUUUUUAGAUACUAAAAAUUAAUUUAAAACACAAAAAAAAAAUUUUUGAAAUAAUUGAAAAUGUAUGCCAAUAUAAAAUUUAUUAAAAAAUUUUAUUUUUAUUAUUAGUUUUAAUAAUUUAAACUCCACUAGCAAUAUUAAAUAAUUCAGCGCUUAAUGAAAAUAAGUCUUUGAAAAGGUCUAUAAAAAAAUAAUCUAAAUGACUAACCCACUAACAACAAGCUAUCCACAUAAAAUACUGUAUUAAUUAUGUAAUUUUAAUGAUAAAUACUAAAAUAACGGUUUAAAUUUAAAGCAAAGCGUACUAUUUAGAGCUAAGUGACGACCGC